AUGGGGCUCAAUCCUCCCUAUUCAGAGAUCAUAGAUGAGUGUACCAAGUUCCUCUGUGUGAGCGGCCAGCUGGUCCGAUUCAACAUGUCCCAGAACUGUCUGUAUAACUCCACCCCUCCUAACUGCGGCCUGCUCGGCUUCGCCAUCCUGGUCAACGGGGACAAGUGCUGCCCGCAGUGGGACUGCCCAUGUCGCUGCUCAGUGUUCCCCGACCUGAACGUGAUCACGUUUGAUGGUAACAGCGUGGCCAUCUACAAGGCUACCUCCUACAUUGUGACCCAGCUGCCCAGCGAGACUGUCAGCAUCGUGGUCCAGGAAUGCCCCGCUGACUCAGACACGCUGCUGUGGAAUUUCACCAACCUGUGUCUAGUGGUUUUGAACAUUACCCACAAGUCCAACCACCUGGUCAUCAACAGACUGCAGAGGAGGCUGUAUGUGAACUCGAGGUACGCCAAGCCGAGGUUCAAGAAGUUUGGCUUUGAGAUCCUGGACACCGGCAACAUGUAUCUGAUCCGGACACCAGCGGGCCUGAAGCUGCAGUGGUUCCACAGCACGGGCAUGUUGGUCAUCGAGACAGAGAGCUACAACAGCAAACUGCCCACCAUGGGCCUCUGUGGCUGCUGUGAUGGUAACCCAGCCAACGACCUGAUGCUGUCCAAUGGGACGACAGUCGGGGAGAGCGAGGACCCAGCGGUGUUCAUCGACAGCUGGCAGGUCCCCAACACCACUAGUUACAUCAGCCACAGCCGGCGCAGAGAAGUCAACUGUUCCACCAGUGACUGUUCCCAGUGUAUGACCAUGCUCCGAAACACCUCCUUCAGCCCCUGCCAUGCUUUUGUUCCUCCCAGUACGUUCUGUGAGGUGUGGGUACGUGACGCGGAGUACGUCAACAACCCGUGUGUAGCGCUGGCUGCCUACGUGGCAUCUUGUCACAAGUUCAACGUCUGCAUGGAGUGGAGGAGCCCAGACUACUGUCCCUUCAUGUGUCCAGACCAGCUGCGUUACCAGGCCUGUCUGCCGACCUGUACAGCCCAGUCCUGCUCCAACCAUGACUUUGACCACGACCCUGAGCAGUGUACAGGCCUGACAGAGGGAUGUGUCUGUCCUGAGGGCACUCUGCUCCAUCGACCCUACUCUGCCCUCUGCAUCCCCCCUGAGAAGUGUGCCUGUACGGACAGUUCCGGUGUACCCCGUGCUCCUGGCGAGGUGUGGAAGGCGUCUAAAGAUGGCUGCUGUAUGUAUCGCUGUGACAACGACAAUAUCGUUCCCGUGGAGUAUAACUGUUCCGCCGUGCCUCAGCCGCUCUGCCGCAGGGCCGGGGAAGUGGUCAUCAGUCUGGCAGACGACACCUCCUGCUGCCCACAGAAAGCCUGCGUUUGUAACCAGACCCUGUGUGACAUCUUCCCCCCGGAGUGUCAGUAUGGAGAGAAGCUGGUGUCUUACUUCAGAGAGGACUCCUGCUGUCCAGACUACGUCUGUGAGUGUGACCCAGAGCGCUGUGAGUCAGACAUCCCAGCCUGUAGAGAGGACCAGACCCGCAUCGCCACCAGGGCUGAUGGCAGCUGCUGCCUGGCACACAUCUGUAUGUGUGGUUCCUGUUUGGAGGUGGUUCCAAACUGCCAGGAUGGAGAGGUGUUGACAGUGGACGCCAACAGUACAGACCUCUGCUGUCCUGUCUACCACUGUGUGUGUGAGCCGUACCGGUGUGCUGAGUUGUCAUGUCCCUUGGGGAUGUCUGCUGUCACCGUGUCCCCUCCAGACCACUGCUGUCCCCUGCACACCUGCGUGCGUGAGGCGGUGUGUGUGGACGGGGAGCGGGGUGUUAUGCGUCCGGGACAGACCCUCGUGGAUCACAGUGAGGAGGGGGUGUGUCUCACCACCCAGUGUAGCCACAGUCUGGAUCCCACCACGGGCUUCCACCACCUCCGCACCGCCACCACCAACUGCUCUGCUCAGUGCCAACCGAACCAGAUAUACAUCCCUCCCAAAGACCAAACGAUGUGCUGUGGUGUCUGCAAGAACAUCUCCUGUCUCUACCACAAUGACAACGGUACUGCACUCCUCUACAAGCCUGGGAAGUCGUGGGUGUCAGACUGUAUGAAGUAUGACUGUACCGACACACUGUCAGGCCCUACCCUGGUGUCCUACUCAUUCAGCUGUCCACCCUUCAACCAGACAGAGUGUAUGAAGAUUGGUGGAACCAUUGUAAGUUACAUGGAUGGAUGCUGCAAGACAUGUAAAGAAGAUGGGAAGUCCUGUCAGAAGGUGACAGUAAGGAUGACGAUACGGAAGAACGACUGUCGCAGUAACAGACCGGUCAACAUAGUGUCAUGUGACGGGAAGUGUCCGUCGGCCAGUAUUUACAACUACAACAUCAACACGUACGCCAGGUUCUGUAAGUGCUGCCGUGAGAUGGGGCUGCAGAGGCGCUCCGUGCAGCUCUACUGCAGUGGCAACUCCACGUGGGUCAACUACUCUAUACAGGAACCCACCGACUGCUCCUGCCAGUGGUCUUAG